CAGAGGAGGAGGAGAGGGAGAGAGAGAGAGAGAGAGAGAGAGAGAGAGAGAGAGGGAGGGAGGACAGUAUUGUACUCACUGGCAGACUCCCACACACAAUUCCUCACCAGACGUCCGCAAACACUUUCGCACAUACGCCGCAUACACAUCAGAGCACAUUCUCUGUAGCCAAGCUCUGCGUGCAUCUGUCCGUGAAGCCGAGGUGAUGCCGUCCCUUGGCUGGUUGUUGGCUCUGUCUCUGGCAGCACUGGCGGGAAACUCUGUUGGUGCUGUGACAUACGAGCGAACGGAGAGGAACUGCUCUCUGUCCCCUCCGUACCUCCCAAGCACAGCAGCAAAUACUACACUCCAACUGCAGGAGAUACGAGAGCGAAUGCUCCCCCUGAAUAUCAACGCAUACAUUAUCCCUGGCACUGAUGCUCACCUGAGUGAGUAUAUCGCGAGACGUGAUGCCAGGAUGGCCUUCAUGACCGGAUUUACAGGCUCCGCAGGCACUGCUGUAGUUACUCAGACCAAGGCCGCUCUGUGGACAGACAGCCGCUACUGGGUUCAAGCUGAGAGAGAGAUGGACUGCAACUGGGAGCUGGAGAAAGAUGUGUCCAUCAUGAGUGUGGCGGAGUGGCUCAUCGCUGAGGUUCCACCGGGCGGCCACAUUGGCUUUGAUCCCUUCCUCUUCUCCCUAAAAACACAGGAGGACUACAGCUUCAGUCUGGAGGCGAGCAAUCGCAGCCUCAAGUCCAUCCCCGGUAACCUGGUCGACCAAGUGUGGGACAGCAGGCCGCCCAUCGCACCUGACAACCUCACCCGCCUGCCAGACAGAGUCAUACAAAGGUCGUGGGAGAUGAAGGUGAAGCAGAUACGGAUUCAGAUGAGGGACAAUCCAUACCAACCCACAGCUCUUCUGCUGUCAGCGCUCGAUGAAACAGCCUGGCUGUUUAAUCUUCGGGGCAACGACAUCCCAUACAACCCCUUCUUCUACUCCUACACUCUGCUCACAAUGGAUAAGAUCUGGCUCUUCCUCCACACGGACAGAGUGACAGAGGAGUUGAAGGUGUACCUGAACGCCUCCUGCGACGGGUCUUUCUGUGUGCAGCUAAAAAGCUACGACGCCGUUCGUGCCGAUUUAAAGACGUACGUGGCCCAGCCUGGAGUUAAAGUGUGGAUCGGCACAGAGUACACAAACUACGCACUUUAUGAGAUCAUCACCCCAGAGGACAAACUAAUGACAACCUCCUACUCCCCUGUGUUAACAACUAAAGCCAUUAAAGAUGACACGGAGCAGCGAAUCCUGAGGGAAGCUCAUGUGAGGGACGCCGUCGCGGUCAUCCAGCUGCUGAUGUGGCUGGAGAAGGCCGUGCCCGAGGGGAAGGAGACUGAGCUGACUGCUGCAGAAUACAUCAAUAUGUGUCGCGGAAAACAGAAGGACAGCAGAGGCCCAAGCUUUGAAACGAUCUCUGCAAGUGGACCCAAUGCUGCUCUUGCCCAUUACAGCCCGACAGAAGAAACCAGCAGGCGGUUGACACCCGAUGAGAUGUACCUGAUCGACUCCGGUGGCCAGUAUCUAGACGGGACCACUGACAUCACUCGCACAGUGCACUGGGGAACCCCGACAGCCAUGCAAAGGGAGGCCUUCACUCGAGUGCUCAUGGGAAACAUUGAGAUAUCUCGCACCAUAUUCCCCUCAGGGACAAGAGGUGUAAACAUGGAGAUGCUGGGACGCAGGGCAUUGUGGGAGGUGGGCCUGAACUACGGCCACGGCACCGGUCAUGGUGUUGGGAACUACUUUGGAGUUCAUGAGUGGCCAGUUGGUUUUCAGAGCAACAACAUUCCCUUCAGAACAGGGAUGUUCACAUCGAUAGAACCUGGAUAUUACAAGGAGAACGACUUUGGGAUCCGAAUUGAGGACGUUGCUGUGAUCGUACCCGUCCAAACAAAGUAUGGCCACAACUUCCUUACCUUUGACACGGUGUCACUGGUUCCAUAUGACAGAAAGCUGAUUGACACGUCCCUCCUCAGCUCAGAACAGCUUCAGUGGCUGAAUAAAUACUACGAGAUGAUCCGGAGGCUGGUGGGUCCAGAGCUCGACAGACAGGAGCUACAUGAAGCGAAGGACUGGAUGCUCAGACACACCGAGCCCUUCGCUGCAUCUGGGUCCUCUGCGUCCGUCUGUUCCUCCUCGCUGACCCUCAUCGCUCUGGCCGUCGCUCUCCUCCACAUCAUCUAGGCGUCUCCAUCUUUCUUGCACUCACUCCAUUCACAGCAGACUUGCACACUAAUGUUCCCCCUAUGCAGUCUCCAUUUAGCGGUGGCUACUCCAGGUUGAGAGAUGCACUACAAUUUAGCAUUUUUUGUUUUUAAAUUAAAGGAUAUUUGUUUAAUCAUUUAAGUAUGUCGUAUGUUGUUGUUGUUGUAUUCAAUGUUUAAAAUGAUCUUUUGUCAGAUUUUUCAAUGUUUUAGCUUUUUGGUUUUUUAACUGGACAUUUGUAUGACCAGCUCACAUAAUUUAUAUUUUUAUUAAAGUAAGACUCUUUAAAACAGA